GCGAGCGCGGAAGAGUCACAAACGCGGUUGUUGUUUUUGUGUGUUUUCGUUUUUCUGCGUUGAAAUGUUAAUUUUUUUUGAGUUGUGAAACAGGUGUGAGCUGCGCGCGGAGCCGCUGAAGCUGCUUCACUUCCGCCUAAAAAACGACAAACUUUGGUUCAUGUGGAUAUUUACGAACUCUGGAUCUCUGAGAUUUCACCUUAAACCGGGAUUUUCGUUUAAAAAAGGAGCCUGAGGAAGGAUCAGACCUUCACACCGGGGACCUGCGCACCUGAGCACCGGGAGACCUGCAGCUUUCCGUCCGUCCAGACUCCGGUCUCCCCUCCGCGCCUCUAGCAUGAUGUCUUAUCUCAAACAGGCCCCGUACGGGAUGAACGGACUGGGCCUGAGCGGAGCCGCCAUGGACCUGCUGCACCCGUCGGUGGGAUACCCGGGAAACCCGCGGAAGCAGCGGCGGGAGCGGACCACCUUCACCCGGACGCAGCUGGACAUCCUGGAGUCUCUGUUCGCCAAGACGCGCUACCCGGACAUCUUCAUGAGGGAGGAGGUGGCGCUGAAAAUCAACCUGCCGGAGUCCAGAGUACAGGUGUGGUUUAAGAACAGGCGGGCCAAAUGUCGGCAGCAGCAGCAGAGCAGCAGCAGCGCCAAGGUCAAACCAAUGAAGAAGAAGUCGUCCCCGACCAGAGAGAGCACCGGCUCGGAGAGCAGCGGCCAGUUCACCCCGCCCGCCGUGUCCAGCUCCUCCUCCACCUCCUCCUCCUCGUCCUCGUCCUCCUCCUCCGUGUCCUCAGGCCUCGGCGCUCCCGGUCUCAUCAGCACCUCUACCUCCGUCACCGCCCCGGUGUCCUCCAUCUGGAGCCCGGCGCCCAUCUCCCCGGCCCCGGCUCCACCCACGCUGCCCGACCCCGCCGCCCCCACCAGCGCCUCCUGCAUGCAGCGCUCCGUGUCGUCCUCCAGCACCGGGGGGACGCCCUCCUACCCGGUGUCGUACAGCCAAACGGCGGCGGCGUACAGCCAGGGUUAUCCGGCCUCGGCGUCGGGUUCUUAUUUCGGCGGCGUGGAGUGCGGCUCGUACCUGGCGCCCAUGCACUCCCACCACCACCCGCACCACCCGCACCAGCUCAGCCCCAUGACCGGCAGCUCCAUGUCGGGACACCCGCACCACCACAUCGGGCAGACGUCGGGGCACCACCACCAUCACCACCACCCGUCGCACCACCACCAGGCGUACAGCGCGCCCGGCCUCGCCUUCAACUCCACAGAUUGUCUGGAUUACAAAGAGCAGACGGCGGCGUCGGCGUGGAAACUCAACUUCAACGCCUCCGACUGUUUGGACUACAAAGACCAGGCGUCGUGGCGUUUCCAAGUGCUGUGACUCCUCGCGUUUCUCUUCUUCUCUGCUCACAAAGAAGUAUUCCUUUUGUCGUUGGUGGUUUAUUUUUUGAAGAUCCUUUAAAACUGAUCGUAGAGACGUUUUAAGAAAGUUUAUUUGUGAGCAAACUUAAAAAGCGUCGGCUCUGUCGUCGUCGCCGUCAGCGGAUCGGCUUGUCCAGGAUUAUUUUUCUACUCCGAGAGACACAUUUGCAACUCUUGAAGGCCUUUAAAAGCAAAAUUUGAGCGGAAGCUGCAGGAUCGUGGGAUCGUCUCAGCCGAUUCACUUCAGCUUGAUUUGGAUUAUUCUUUAACGAAACAACAUGACAAAAAUCAGAAAUUAGACUCUUGAGUGGGCUUUUCCUAAAACUUUUGAUCAAAAACAUGAUGCUGCUAUGAUUUUCAGGUCGCUGAUGUUCAUUUGUCUGAUUUUCGACAGGCUUGGGCGGUGUCUCAUUUUUUCAUACUUUACUGAAGUUUAACCGGAGUAUGACUGCGCUACUUAUUUUCAGCUUUUCAGACUAAUAAAUACACAAAAAACCCUUAAAAUGUUCAGAAAAGUAAUAUUCUCACACCUGUUUUCCUUACUAAACAGAGAAAUGCAACUGAACACCUUCUGAAUUCAACUGAGACUGAUGAAGUUUAACUCAUAAAACGCACUUCAUUUAAACGCAACAGAAACAAAAAAAAUCACCCAAACCAUCUUGGUUAGUAAUAUAGUCAGUAAGUCCACGGUUCCAACAAUCACCAGCUCCGGUUUGGUCGAAAUUAAUCCUUAAUUCACCGAGUUAGAUGUAAAAAACACGUUGUUAUUCUUCAGUCUCGCUCUGCCUGCUGGCCACCGGCUGUUUACAGUCCUGUAACGUCUCCCUCCACCACCAGGUGUCGCUGUGUGUUUCAGCUCAGCUGCCUGUUUCACAAGAACAGACCCGAGACGGAGCUCUGGUGGUCCGUGCUGUGCACUACAUACAAUGAGUUUAACCCUUUGCAACCUGGGCAAAUUGGCUUGAUC